UGUAUCAUUCACAUUCAUCAGAGUAUCAAAGAAAGUGACAAAAGAAAAAGAUGUAACUAGUUAGAACCAACACCAAAGUGUGAUGAGAAAAAGAUGACAAAAAUAACUCAAAGAUAGGUUCACGGGUCACUUACUGUUUCCUCUUCUUCUUCUGUAAAACAUUAAAGAAAGUGUGCACCCCACUAGCUACAUCAGCUUCAAUUUUAACACUAUUCCAAUCCAUUUUUCUUGAAAAAGCUGCAAAUUGAAACCGCUCCCUCUCUCCUACUAGGAAUUUGUGCAGUUUAGCUGCAAAUUAUUGCCCAAAAAGUUAAAUAGCUUUUUCUUUUCUAACAGUGGCUCAUAAUAGAGAUAAUGAGCUAUGUGUUGCCGUAUAAUUAGCUUCAAAGAUCAUAUUAUUUUUCAAUAGCAAGAAGUGGCUUAUUUCAGCUCAUGGAAUCAGGUCUUUCUUGUUCUUGGCUGCAAGCCUUCUUCUUAGCAUUGGUUUUGUUCUUUAAAUGUGGAUAUGUCCAUGGAGCUACCCCAGCAGCAAAAGUUGGUAGCUUUUCAAAGGUGGAAGAUGCUGGAAACUUUCAUAUUUACUAUGGCCAGACCUUCAAAGUCAUUAAGAAUGCCGCUGAUGGGCAGAGCUACCUUCUUCUGCAGAAUAAUUCAAGGAUUGCUUCAAGAACUAAAUAUUGCACAUCAAGAAUUAAGUCAUUUGUCGUACCAUUGUCAAACUAUUCUGUUGAUACUACUUAUUUUCCAGUUUCCUUCUUAGAGCUUUUAGGUUUAGUGGAGAGCUUGAAAGGCAUAACCUCAGACAAUGUUGCUUCUCCCUGUGUGUUGAAACUAUAUCAAGGAGGACAGAUAGAAAUGUUCAACAAUAGUGAUUACCAAAAGCUUGCAGAGUUUACUUCGUAUUUCCUCAGUGACGAUGAUCAGCAAUCAGCUUGCAAUUUUGCAACUUUUGAUCCCUUUAUGGAGAAUACCCCUUUGCAGAGAGCAGAAUGGAUCAAAUUCAUGGGAGCUUUUGCAAAUGUUGAAGCUAGAGCUAAUCAAGUCUAUGCCUCAGUUAAGGAGAGCUAUUUGUGCUUGGCUAAAAUUGCCUCAACUAGGACAACAUUCAAGCCAACAGUAGCUUGGAUGAAGUAUAAAAAUGGUGUUUGGUCUUUUACACAAGAAAAGUAUCAGUUGAAGUUUGUGCAAGAUGCAGGUGGAGACAUUUUGGAUGCCAAGAACACUUACAAUAUCUCUGAUCCUGAUGACUUGGAGGAAUUUCAUGCAAUCCUAUGUACCGUGGAAGUAGUUAUUGAUGAAACACUAACCUCAGAUCCAACCAACUACACUUUGUCAACAUUUAUCCAAAAUCUAAACGUUGAAGAUCGUUCUUGUUUUUCCUUUAUUUCAAACACAAGUCUGUGGAGAUAUGACAAAAGGGUAUACAACUCUGUAGCUGUAGACUGGUAUAACGGAGCAGUGUCACAACCUCAAUUGGCACUGGCAGAUCUAGUUGAGGUUUUAUUUCCAUCUGGGAAUUACACAACAACAUAUUUUAGGAACAUUGCAAAGGGAGAAUUACCUAUAAAUAUUGGUCCGGAAAUGUGUGACAGGGACACAUCUGUAGCGAUGGAUCCUACCAUAGUAGCAUGUGGAUGAUUAUGUUUCUAGUUCAAAAAUAGGUAUAGUGUUAUAAACAAAAUAAACAGUCAACAACACUAUUCUGUUUUAUUUUUUGAAAUCCCAUUUUUUGAAUUUAGGAUCUAUACUUUGUAUUUUAUUUUAGUUAUUAUUAUGCAAUCAACUAUAGUUUGCUACACAGAUAAGAAUUUACCAGUUUCCUCUUUCUGGUAACUUUGUCUCUUGCAUGAACAAACAUGUCAUUUCCUUUGAAUGAGAGAAAGGAUUUUCAUUCCUUAUUAAAUAA